AUGGCCUGUUUUCUUUCAAGUGCUGCUACUAUUGUGUUUGCUUCUUUGAAACUGUCUUACCUACCAAACUUCUCUAGCUUGGUAGAACCACAGAACUUUAAGCAGGAUGUGAAGGAUGCAGGAUGGAUAGAAGCUAUGAAGCAAGAAAUAAAGGCACUAGAAGACAACAGAACACGAGAAGUAGUAUACUUACCACAUGGAAAACAUACUGUAGGAUCCAAAUGGGUAUAUAAAAUUAAGUAUAAAGCUAAUGUUGAGACUGAAAGGUUUAAGGAUAGACUUAUUUCAAAGGGAUAUAGUCAACAAGAACGACUUUAUUACCAUGAUAUCUUUUCACCAGCGGUGAAAAUGGUUACAGUCAGAUCAGUAAUAGCCUUAGCAGUUUCCAAAGAUGGAACUUAUAUCAAAUGGAUGUUUAUAAUGCCUUUUUACAAGAAGAUCUCUGUGAAGAAGUGUAUAUGGAUAUGCCUGAAGGUUUCAGAAGAUAGGGGGAGCAGAAGAUCUGCAAGCCACUCAAGUCCUUGUAUGGACUCAAGCAAGCCUUAA